CGACAGCGCUGGGAAGGAGGCUGCACGCGGAGCUGCGUGAAACGUAGAUUUGGGAGCGGGCGGGAGAGGAGCCGGGAGCGCGGCAGCACGGCCCUGGCCAGCCCUGCGAGGAGGCGAUCGCAGGGGAGGAGGAGGAGCAGGAGGAGGAGGAGGGCUGCAGAGGCGGAGGGAUCUGCUCACCAGAGCCAGCCAGGCCAGCAAAGUUUGGCUGGGGGUUGGACUUUCCUUCCCGGAGGCGGCACCCAAACAGCUACCCCGUGCGGAAACCCAAACUUUCUACUGCCACUCCGAGUCUCGCGGCCGCCGCCUCCGCCCCGCGCGCCCGGGGCCUGCCCGUCAAUCCGUCGGUCCUCGUGGAGCUGCUCGGGCGCCGUAGUGCCCCUGAUCCCCGCAGCUACAGCGCCGCGGCCCCGGCCCAGAAGCCGGGGCAAGUUCUCCAGAGUUAGACGCGAAGUUUCGGGCGCGGCGCGGGCCGAGCUGCCCCUGUGCGCCCCCGGCGUCCCCAGAGCGCCCAGUCCCGCCGGGGGCGCCGGUGACCCUCCCGUGCCAGCCAUGUCGUCCAUCCUGCCCUUCACCCCCCCGAUCGUGAAGCGCCUGCUGGGCUGGAAGAAGGGCGAGCAGAAUGGGCAGGAGGAGAAGUGGUGCGAAAAGGCGGUCAAGAGCUUGGUGAAGAAGCUCAAGAAGACCGGGCAGCUGGACGAGCUGGAGAAGGCCAUCACCACGCAGAACGUGAACACCAAGUGCAUUACCAUCCCCAGGUCACUGGAUGGCCGGCUGCAGGUGUCCCAUCGGAAGGGGCUCCCCCACGUCAUCUACUGCCGCCUGUGGCGAUGGCCUGACCUGCACAGCCACCAUGAGUUACGGGCCAUGGAGCUGUGUGAGUUCGCCUUCAACAUGAAGAAGGAUGAAGUGUGCGUAAAUCCUUACCACUAUCAGAGAGUAGAGACACCAGUUCUACCUCCAGUGUUGGUACCACGCCACACCGAGAUCCCGGCCGAGUUCCCCCCGCUGGAUGACUACAGCCAUUCCAUCCCUGAGAACACUAACUUCCCCGCUGGCAUUGAGCCCCAAAGCAAUAUUCCAGAAACCCCACCCCCUGGCUACCUGAGUGAAGAUGGAGAAACUAGUGACCACCAGAUGAACCACAGCAUGGAUGCAGGCUCUCCAAACCUAUCCCCGAAUCCGAUGUCCCCAGCACACAAUAACUUGGACCUACAGCCAGUGACCUACUGUGAGCCGGCCUUCUGGUGCUCCAUCUCCUACUAUGAGCUGAACCAGCGAGUUGGGGAGACAUUCCACGCCUCACAGCCGUCUAUGACAGUGGAUGGCUUCACUGAUCCCUCCAACUCUGAGCGCUUCUGCCUGGGCCUGCUGUCCAAUGUCAACCGGAAUGCAGCUGUGGAGCUCACGAGGCGGCACAUUGGGCGAGGCGUGCGGCUCUACUACAUUGGAGGGGAGGUCUUUGCAGAGUGCCUCAGUGACAGCGCGAUUUUUGUUCAGUCACCCAACUGCAACCAGCGCUAUGGCUGGCACCCUGCCACCGUCUGCAAGAUCCCCCCAGGCUGCAACCUGAAGAUCUUCAACAACCAGGAAUUCGCUGCUCUCCUGGCUCAGUCUGUCAACCAGGGCUUUGAGGCCGUCUACCAGCUGACUCGCAUGUGCACCAUCCGAAUGAGCUUCGUCAAAGGCUGGGGCGCCGAGUACAGAAGACAGACAGUGACCAGUACCCCCUGUUGGAUCGAGCUGCACCUGAAUGGGCCCUUGCAGUGGCUGGACAAGGUCCUCACCCAGAUGGGCUCCCCCAGUAUCCGCUGUUCCAGUGUGUCUUAGAGAUACUGGGAGUGGAGGGAGUGGGCGGGGGAGGGUGGGCUUGGGGAAAAUGGCCUUGGAAGAGAACUCCAUCCAACUUGUUUUUGUCAAAGAAGACAACAAAUUUCUCUCAACUAAGGCACCAAACUGUUUCUGAAACCACAAAAAAAAAAAAAAAAAAAAAAAAAAUUCCCAGGGAUGAUGUUAUGAACAGCUGUGUCUGCAUACAUGUGCCCCAGUUUGAAGCCCAAAUCAUGGCUGUCGCCAUCUGACUCCUGUUCAAUGUCAGAGAGCUGGGAUGUGAUCGUCAAAGAGGGAAGUGCCUUUCUCAAGGGCUGGAGUGUACCUUUGGAAGAGCAUCCUGGCUUUUGGAAUCCGUGGAUAAAAACUCCAAUGGAGCAUGCCCUGUGCCGCCACUUCCACACACAGGGUGUGCCUGGUGAACCGGAUGGCCUACAGUGGCACUCUCCCCGCCCUCAGAAUGCAGAUGGGAACAUGCCGGUGGGUAAAGCUGGUGAGAGCCAUUUCUUCAUUACCCCUUCUCCCUCGGAAGGACCUGCCGAAGCUCUGCGUGGAUGGGAUGUAUAGUUGUUGUCACAGUGCUCUCAGAUACGGAUGUUGUCCAAGUGUUCCCAGAAAGCGGAGAGGGCAGUGGUGGAGCGCAUGUCCGAGCGAGGUGGCACCACACUGAAUGUGUCUCUGAAAGCUGGCACUGUAUUGGGGUGCAUAUGGUGUGCUGGUUUACGGAGCCAGUUGCAUUAAUGAAGUCACCUAGCACAGGCUCUUUGCAAUGUCUUCUGUUUUAUAAAGACAAUGCUGUGUGUGUGUACAUUGGCUGGAAGACCAGAGCAGACCCACCAACUGCUGCUUGCCCUGAGGUGUGGAAGCUGAGAUUUCCAGAAGGUAAGACAUCCCCAGGCAAUCCGACAGGGGCAGAUGAAAAAGGGCUAUUACAAUUAUUUUACACCUUGGGAAAUUGCAGGCUUGGCGCAGAGAGGCCUGUCAUCUUCACUCUGGGAUGUAAGAUUCCCCAGCUUUGGUAAAGGACUGUCACCGAAAACUGCUGCAGUGAUAUUGUGCAGUGAGCACUGUUCCCAGUGGCAAUGACAGAGAAAAUGAGUAUAAAUUACUUCAACUGGAAAAAGAGUCCCUUUCCCUGCUUUAGUAGAACACAGCACACAGGAUCACUACCUGCAAUUGGUACUUUCUUCUUGGCUGCUGUUUCUGUUGUGAAAUGACCAUCCACGUUUUCGUAUGGAUUUCCUGUGGAAGUCCUGUCUUGUUCCAGAAGGGAAGAAAGUGCACCCUCCAAUGUGACCAAUCUUCUGAUGCUUCAGAGACUCUGGGGCACAUUCUGGUGUGUCUCCUGCAGACUCCUUUGGCCUCUGAAGCUCUGGGCAAGAUGUUUCCAGUAGGCAUGCUGUUCCCCAAGCCUCCUUCAAACACCUCCUCCGCAGGCUGCUGCUACAGAACCCAAAGGCAGUCCUGAAUGCCCCCUCUCCUGAGAGGGCACAGACAGUGGCUGUGAACGCUGUGCCAGGCUUGAGACGGUCUGUGGACUGCUGCUUCAGACACAGGAAGUCCUUGGAACUGCCUGCAUGUCACCCAAGCUCUGAGUCAGGCCCAGCACAAGGAUGUUCUGAUGGCUUCUACUGAAGACAGGUUCAUGGGAACCUGUCUUGUCUACUUGCUGCCCAGUUCCCUAGGGGCUUCCACCAUCAUCCCCUAGGUGCCUUGCCCGGAGAAGAGCUCCACGCAGCACGAAUGGAGCCAUCCACAGCCUGCUCUGUAUCCAGAAAUGCACGGGAGCCUGCGGUGCUCAGCGAACGGCUACUCUGACUGCUGCUCCUGGGAGGCACAAAGUUGAGAGUAUCUUUUUUUUUUUUCCUCUUCUUGCCAAAGGUUACUUCCUUGGUCCCCUCGCUUUAUUGGCCAGUCGCUAGAGGAUGUAGAAGGAAAUUCUAGGCAAGUCCUCUCUGCAUCCUGGAAAUAAAAGGCUUUGGAAUCUAGAAUAUGCCGCUCCAUCGUGGAGAACACAGGUCCUUCGGGUACGAGUAAUCUAAGUGUCCUCCCAAGUUAGCUUUCCAUCUUGUCUUGUACGGACAGCACUUCUAAAGGACAGCUGGCUGCUGUGGCCUUUGAAGUGUGGUUCCUUCAGUUGCCCUAACCGCAUGUGCUGUGCCAGCCUCGGGUUUCUGCUGACACUGACCCCAUGGCUGGCGCUGGGCAGAGAUCCUCCUCUUCAGCAGCCCAGGGAGCUAACUUUGUAUCCUGCUCCUCCAACUUCACUCGGUGCGUGUGCAGGUAGCCCAGCCGUGCGGAUUACAGGCCUGUGUCGGCAUGUCAGUGCAGCUGGCCGCCUGCCAGGAGGCCUGUGGAAGACCUGGCAUCUCGAGAAAAGCCUGGAGUGCACAGCAGGGACUCUCUUAGGAAGAACAUAGGGAGGGCAAGGCUGCUGGCAGACUUCUCCGCUGUCCUGAGAGUGUGCUGUAUUUAUUUUUAUUGUCAGUGAUUCUUUGCCUACCCGUUAAUGUAUUGAAAUGAGCCGCAGUGCUUCAGGGUGCUGUGGUCUUGCUCUUCUCCCAUUUGCUUCUCAGAGAUGGGAUAUAUUUUUCAGGGCUUGAUGUCUUCACUCUGACCACAGAAAGGUUUUAAGUAGCGUGUGUGGUCACGCAUGUGCCUGAGUUGUCUGGGGCAGAGGCAAAUAUCUGACUUCAUUCUUAGCCCCAAGCUGCCAUUUCUGAAUUUUUUCUAAGUCCCUGAGAGGCUGGAAAGGCACCUGCACCAGGAGGGCCACAGUCACAGCGCUGCACUGUAUCUCUCACUGUGUGACGAAGUGGCUAGAUGUUUGUGCCUUUACAUUAGCUGGAGCCUGGUUGGAGUGCACUUGUAUUUCCCAUGAGUGGUCAGUGUUCCAAUCACUUGGCCUCUUUAAGUAGUGGUCGUUACAGUGUUCAGCAACUUCCCAAGUGGGCAGGAAGCCACACACCAGGAUGCGGAUCAAACAUGAAGAUGUAUGUGCAUUGCUGAUAGGGGUACUGGACGGAGAGGAACAUGUUGAUGCAUGGCUAUCACCUUCGAAACAGCCCCUGCAGCUGGCUCGUGUUAAGACAAAAGUGAUGUUUAGCAUUCUGCUGUAUGCAUAUUUAUGUAACAAGUCCUUAAAGCCAUUCAGAUGGAUAGGUAUUUAAUUUCUUAAAGACUGUUGUGAAGGUUUCUCCCCCAGGACAGCAAUGGGCAGAGCUGGAACACAGCCAGCCCUGAACACGGAUGAAGGCUGCAGUGGCUUUUUUGGCUCCUGAUCCACAAAAGUCAGACCAGACAGUCAACAAGUGGUGGCAUGCGCGAACAGGCCGCUCUAGUCAAGCCCAGGCCCUCGAGAGUGAGCAUGUCCUCUGCGCUGAAAACUUCACAUAGAAAUCAGAGCCAUCUUUAUCCCAGAAGCCUUUGCUGUUGCCAGGGCGGGUGGGCUGGUGUGGACUCUCGUGUGGGGAUGCCUGGAGGCUGAGGUCGCUGUCACUAUUCAGCCAUCCAGGCCUUUAGUAUCUUUGUAAAAAGCAUGUAUUUAUAGUGUUUUAGAUUUUUCUAACUUUUGUAUCUUACAGCAUUGUACCCCAAUGUUAAGGAGCUGUGUCCCCUCUUCUUAUAAGCGCCCUUCUAAUAAACUUCUCACUGUAAAGCUCCUGGGGCAGGGGAGCAGUCUUAUUCCUGCAGCUGUCUCUGGAUAGACGGACUUAAAAGGGAGCCCGGUGAGGUCCUGGGGGCGUCAGAACUCAGCAAAUGCAAAUACUAUAACACUGUGCCUGGCCCCACUGCCAUGGUCUUCCAGGAAUACCUGCCCUCGCUUCCUCACCAAGGGACCACACAGGACCAGCAGGGGUCCCUCAGAUAUGACACGGGUUCCACAGAUACACACCCAGGCAUUUGGCAAGUGACUGCAGGCUACUACCCCAGCCUCCAGCCCUGCUACUGCUUCUGGGCCUCCCCAGGCUGUCCUCUGCCAUAGUGUCACUGUGUCCCCCAUGCCACUAUAUCCUCACAGAGACACACAAGAAUUACAAGACUCUCAGGAGGCAGGCAGAUCUACAAGAGCUAGUUCCGGGACAGGCUCCAAAGCUACAGAGAAACCCUGUCUCGAAAAACAAAAAAACAAAAACAAAA